GGAUUUUUGUCACCUUUUCCCGAGAUGUUUUAGUGGAUGUUCAUGACAUUAAAAAUUCCGCACAAAUUUGGGAACGUCUACAGUCCACGUUCAUGUCCGCCAGUUUGUCUAGAUCCUUGGAGCUCAAACGCAUGCUUUCUCAUAUCCGGAAAAAGGAGAACCACUCCAUGGAGAACUAUCUCCGGGAAAUUAAAAACAUUGUUGAUGCCCUUGCAAAUCAACUCCCCGGUGCCACAUAAGGAUCUUCUCCAGUCCACUAUAUUGGGGCUUGGACCGAGCUAUGCAUCACUCAUCCAGAAUAUUACUUUGCUUCCUCGGCAGCUCACUUUUUCAGACCUUGGCACCAUCUUAAAAGAGCAGGAACGUCUCAUGCAAUAUAUGCGCACUUCGGACUCAGAUUUUGGACAGCCAGCGUUUGAUGCACAGUCUUUUGGGCGUGGCUCGUCUACUGGACAGUAUCGUGGCAGGGGCAGUCGCGGUUCAUGUGGCGGUGGAGGUCGUGGACGUGGUGGCCGGGGCAGAGGUCUUCACCCACAACCAGCGACAUCUAUCAACGGGUCUACGACAUCUCAUAAUACGGGGAACUCAGGAAAAAGCAGAACCUUGGGAGUGUCUGACAACAUUAAAAGCUGAUUUGAAAGAGAAGAGGCCAUCUUGAGCAGGUUUCCAUAUCAAAGUCCGAGUGGAGGAAGAAUCUGUCAAUGAGGUCAACAACCAAAAUAUGCAUUGGAAUAGAUCCAAGCACAUGUUUAAUCAAGAUAAGUCUCUCAGCUUGUGAUAAGUUUUUUUGUUUCCAAGUAGUUAGCUUGGAAUCAAACUGUUGAAUAAUAUGAUUGCAAUACUGAUGCAUGUUCAUUCCCAUGUGAAGGUUAGCCCCAAGAUAUUUCAAAGGAAGAUUGGCUUUCUGCAUUCUCAGUAGAUCUUUGAUGAUCUGAGUUCUAGCUUGAGCAUGUUUACUAAUAACAAAAGAACUUUUGUCAAAAUUGACAGCUUGGCCAGAAGCACUUGGAUAAUAUCUUGUUCAUUGGAGAUGACCUUAGGAAGCAGGAUGGACAGUCUAUUAGCAAGAAAUUUAGUGCAGACUUUGUUGAUAAAAUUGGACAGGCUUUAGUGCAGACUUUGUUGGAUGGAUAGGUUCCCCUUCGUCUGAGGGACUUCUAGGCUCUGUUCCUUCUCCCGUUGUGUGUCAAAUUUGUUUUGCCACAGGUCACUCGACUAUCUCAUGUCCCUCUCGGUUUGUCCCAUCUAUGCACCUACUUUUGUGGUACUGACCGGUGAGACCAAUGAUGCUAUUUGGUAUCCCGAUUCGGGAGCUUCUGCUCAUAUGACGCCUUCAAAAGCUCUGCGAUCAAUCUACGCUGCACAAAACCUCCGCCAACAACCUGCGUUGCAGGGAGAAAACGAGAGAGAACAAGUGAGAAAAAAAAAAGAAGAAAAAAAAGAAAUAGAGAGGAAACGUGAGAGCAAGACGGUGACGGAAGGAGAAGAGAGGCUGAUCGUGGAGCGCCGGAGUUCGCUGGAGAGGUACGUGCGCUGCAGAUUUCCGCCGGAUCGACCUGCCACUAAACGCCGCCGCAUCACCAAAAGCUGCCGGACUGUGCUGUGCGUCGGGGGACUGUCUGCAGAUCUUCUUUACGCUGCAAAACGAGGUGGAUUUUUAGAAGCCGGGAUAGAAGAAGAAAGAUAGGAGCACCGAAUUUGAGAUGGUGUGAUAUCUGAAGAUUGAUGCCUUGAGAGCGCUCCUGAAGACUCUUAGAGUAGUCUCGUUUAGAAUAAACUCUGUUAGAUUUUACUGUUUCGACUGUUGAAUUUAAAUAGAUACAUUUAUGGCGGUUAGCCUUAGCAUCCAGUCAGUUUAGGGCUGGGUGUGGCGGUAACACGCCCCUUUUUCAUGUUAUGGUUUAUUUCCGC